AUGAAUCUAAAUGUAAGUAAUGCGCCAAACAUUGUGACUCCUGUAUUACCUCCUGUUUUCACUGCUCAAAAUGGAACUGCAACCGAUUGUGCCUUCGAUGUUCAUUUGCCAGGGCUUCGAGCAGAAAGUAACUCUACCACUUGCAGUGAGUUGCCUGUUUCGCCAGUUCCUUAUUGUGAAAUUUACUCACCCAAACAAGAUGGCGAUGCACCAACUGCAGAAGGAUUGAUAGGUUAUGAAACAAGUACACUUGAAUCUGAUGCGUCUGUUUCUGUUGUUAAAACUAGUGUUUGUAGAGAAAUUGUUGCCAAUGAAUUUACUGUGGCAGAUUCGGACAAAGAGCAUGUUGAUUCGUGUGGUGAACAACAAAACGAAGAAAUGAAAGAAGAGACAACCCAAUCGAUUGUGGAUGAAAGCCCUAAGGAUUUCCAGGCAGUUAUGGAUGAAUCUGCACCGGAAUCAGAUCACGGUUUGGAGGGUGGAGAAAAUAUAACUUCGAUUAAUGUUGAUGAUAAGUCCCGCCCAACCUCCUGCACUCCAAUAUCAGGUACUUCCUGGUGUGUUGUUUGGACAGGAAACGGCAAGGUUUUCUUUUAUGAGGCCAGUAGUAAGUAUUCUGUUUGGGAAAUGCCUAUUGAACUUAAGAACAGACCAGAAGUGCAGAAACUGAUUGAAGCUCCACCUGUUAUGAAAAAGCAAAACCAAUGUCAAGAAGAGCCAAAUAAUAAAAAAAUAAAGACAAGCGAAGAAAUAACGGCAACGCGUGACUCUCCUGUCAGUGCAACAGAAGAAAGUGCGGUUGAGUUCGAGACUAAAGCAUUACAAGAAAGAGCAGCUACGCCGUAUGAAGAAAGAGUAGAAAAAUUUCGUCAAAUGCUUGUCGAGAAGAAUGUUUCUGCCUUCUCAACAUGGGAGAAGGAAUUGCAUAAAAUUGUGUUCGAUCCCCGCUAUUUGCUCCUGACGUCAAAGGAAAGAAAACGGGAAUUUGAAUUAUUUAUUCGAGAAAGAGUCGACGAAGAAAAGAAUGAGAAGAAAAGACAGCACCGUCAAAUGCGUGAAGGAUAUCGGAGCCUUUUGAUGGAAGCCGGAAUAGAUUCUAAAACGAAAUUCAGUGAUUUUGCCCAAAGAUAUAGCAAAGACGAGCGUUUCAAAGCAGUGGAGAAGAUGAAGGAUAGAGAAAAGAUGUUUGUUGACUUUGUCAAUGACAUAAUCUUGAGCGAAAGAGAACAAAUUGCACGCGAGAAGAAACUAGAUGAAAAUUUUAUUGAACUUUUAAAAGAGCAGGAAAUCGGCGAACGUACCACUUGGGAAGAUAUUGAAAAAGUAGUUUCAAAUGAUGAACGCUUUCAAGCUAUACGUAGUAAUUCGCGUAAACGAAAUCUUUUCUAUGACUUUAUUAAGAAGAGUAGCCAACAGAAAAUGGAUCCAAACACAACUCAACAAGAACGAGCCAGAGCCAGUAUCAAGAGCCGCGAGGAAGAAGUGAAACGCGAUUUGUCUGCACUUCUGCAGGAACGGGAAAAGGAGCAAGCCCAGCACAAACACGAUUCCGCGGUUUCUUGUUUUAAAGCUCUUCUCGUAGAUUUGGUGAGAAAACCGGACGAGAGCUGGAAAUCUGCUAGGAGUGUCAUGCGAAAAGACCACAGGUGGGAAUCUGUCCGACACUUGCCGACAGCCGAGCGUGAAAGACUCUUUGAGGAACACAUUUCCAGUUUGAAUGUCAAGAAGCGUGAAGCGUUUUGGAAACUGUUAGAUAGCAUUUCUGAAAUUGAUUUGACCAGCGCCUGGCGCGAUAUAAGAGCCGUUGUUAUGCAUCAGCCAGCGUGCAUCAAAUUUUCAAAGGACGAGAAAAAGUGUGAAAGGGAAUUCAAAGAAUACCAAAGAGAUAAAUUUAAUGCAGCAAGAUUUGAUUUCAAGCAGCUUUUGAAAGAGACUAAAACUAUUACUUAUAAAUCAAAAUCCCUGAUGUGCAACCCACAUUAUUUAGAAUCAAUUGAAGAUGUUCUAAGGAAUGAUAAACGUUAUCUGACACUUGAAAAUUUCAAGACAGAAAGAAAGGAAAUCCUUAUUUCUUACAUAGAGGAACUUCAUGAAGGAGGUCCACCUCCACCUCCCACUGCAACUGAUCCACGACGUUAGUGAUUAUUUGAGCUCAGAUAAAUUUUAAUGUUUGUAAUU